CCCCGCCCCCGGCCCCGCCCCGCGCCCGUCCCGGCUCCCGUCCUGCCGCGGCCAUGGCGGAGCCCGGCGGCGGCCGCCCCGUCACCGUCAGCGAUGUCCAGCAGCUGGUGCGGCGCAAAGACGAGAUUGAGGCGCAGAUCAAGGCGUGCUACGAGCUGCUGGAGGGGCAAAAGGGCGUCGGGAUGCACGAGCCGCUGGUGGACGCCGAGGGCUUCCCCCGCUCGGACAUCGACCUGUACCAAGUGCGCACCGCCCGGCACAACAUCAUCUGUUUGCAGAAUGACCACAAGGCUGUGAUGAAGGAGGUGGAGGAAGCUCUGCACAAGCUGCAUGCCCGGGAGAAGGAGAAACACGCCAAGGAUGAGGCGGAGGCCUUGGCUGAGGCCAUGAGCCAGAACCAGAGCCUGCCCCAGGCCUUUGCCAAAGUGAACACCGUGAGCCCCGGCUCUCCCGCCAGUGUCUCGGGACUUCAAGUUGAUGAUGAGAUUGUGGAGUUUGGAUCUGUCAAUGCAAACAACUUCCAGAACCUGCAGAACAUUGCCACGGUGGUGCAGCACAGUGAGGGGAGACCCCUGAGCGUGACUGUGAUCCGUGGGGGCAGAAGGGUGCACGUGGGGCUGACUCCAAAGCGCUGGGCUGGGAAGGGCCUCCUGGGCUGUAAUAUCAUUCCUUUACAAAGAUGACCAUGGCUGGGAGAACAAUAAAGCUGAAGCUUGUGCCUGCUUUCUGGACUCUGAUCUGGUUUGAAAACGUGGUGUUGCUGUGACCUCUGUUGCCUCAAGGGUUCUGGCAGAGUUCUGCAGUUCAGAAUUGCACUGGUUGUCUGGAGGAACCUGCAGAGCUGCAAGAUGUGACUUCUCAUCUCUUCCACCUUGUAUCAAUUUAGAAUAAGGCUCUAGAGAGACCCGAAUCUCACUUGAUACAUGCUCCAAAGAGCUUGAAAUGCUCUUUUUUGGUGAUAACAGAGCAUUCCUUUUUUCUCCCCUUUAAAACUCCUCACUGAAUAUCAUGUAAUAUAUGCUAAAAAGUCCUAGAGCACUUUUUGAUGCGUGUCAUGGUAGAUGACAGGCAAGAGAUAUGCAAGUUUGAUACUUCAUCUUCCCCAUGCUGCCACAGCUUUUAAAGUCAGUGAACAUACUGAAAGGAUUUUUGGAAUGCCCAGUUACUUUAACACGAUGAGGUAAAGAAUAGGGUUAUAAUUCUACUUUUGAGACUUCUAGUACUUUAUGUAGUCAUGAUAAAAGCACUCCUAGUUUCUCUCUCUAUUUUCUUUUAAUUUUUUAAAAAUUUGUUUAUUUGCAGGUGUUAAUUUUGGGGUGUUUUCCUGCUUCCCGCCAGGACAGGGAGCAGUGAGGGGAGUGGGUGGGUGACACAUGGUCUGGGGUGUUUUCAGUGGGAACAGUAAAUUGGGGAAUACCAUUCCUAAACCACCACAGAUGCAUAAACUGUUGGAAGGGAUUCUGGAAAUGACUGGUUUGUUUAAAGCUUAUUUCCAGUUGAACUUCAAAAUUGUCUCCCAAAACAAUAAAACUGAGUAUUGCCUCUC